UUGAAAUAUUGUAGCUCUUUAAAUUCCACUGAAUUCUAAUAAAUCAUAUUUCAUUUAAUUAAAUUUUGGUCAAAAAUUCUUCAAUUCAACAUUGCCUUUAUGUUUCCAGAAAAUAUCAAAUUACAAAACCGUGCUGGUUUAGAUACAUAUGUAUCCUAUAUUAUUUACAAGUUAUAGUUACAAUUAUAUUUUUGUUUCCUGAAGCUGGUUUUCUCGGCCAUGGUGGACAUGGCUAUGGUUAUGGAGGAGGCCAUGGUUACGGAGGAGGUCAUGGAGGUGUUAUUAGUGUAAUUGGACAUGGAGGAGGUUUUGGACACGGAGGAGGUUUUGGUCACGGAGGAGGUUUUGGUCACGGAGGAGGUUUUGGACACGGAGGAGGUUUUGGGCAUGGAGGUGGCUUUGGAUAUGGUGGAGGUCAUGGAUACGGAGGAGGUUACGGUUACGGAGGAGGCCAUCAUCAUGUGGUACGAGUUGUCAAAGUGUAUGGAGGUCAUGGAGGUCAUGGAGGCUGGGGCUGGGGUAAAUAAAAACCGCAAAUGUUUGAGUGACGUAUACUACGUAGAAACUGAGGAAAAGAUGUUAUUCAUUUACCAUUUUCGAAGCUGUCCCUUUAAAGACCAACAUCUAAAAACUCUAUAGUACAAAAGACCUAUCCUAUGAUAUUUUUUGUUAUGUAAUAUUUUAAAUUAUACGAUAAAUAAAUAACAAGAAAUGAACAA